CAAACAUUAAAAAAUCCAAUCAUUUUUUGUUGUCUUUAUUUUUUCUUGCCAACUUUUUUUUUCGAAAUUGAUUUUUUUUGCCAAUCGUAUUUUGUUGUGCAUUCAGUGGCCCUCUUUUGUUCUCUAUAUCUCUCCGUGCUUUAUUGUUUUAAUACUUUAUUUACCCUCUUUUUGCAUCAUUUCUAACUAUGCCAAUUGGAAAUUUGCCCGCCGGCACCACUAGCACCAGCAACACCAAUGUCAACAACAACGAGGACCUGCCAAACAAGGAGGAUGUUCUGUUCUUGCAAAAGCAACUCAACGAAUACCUCGCACAGUCUCUCGAAAAAAACGCCACUUUACGAGAUGGGCUUUUCAACGACGAACAACGCGAGGAGGCGCGCCAGCUGGUUCUCCAAAGCAUGCGCAAGUGGACCGAAAGUAUCUGGCAAAAGGCAGGUCCCAGCAUGUCCAUCAACGGGUUUACCUUUGAGGAUGCUAUGAAAGAGAAGGAUCGCGUAGAGCCACUUAACGAGGGACUCAAAAACGAAGUACAGGAUUUGCGCAAUGAGGUCGACGAGCUGCUUCUGUCGAGUGCUGCCAAGAGACGCACGGUGCCCAACCAGUUGGAAAAGCUGGCGAGCGAUUCUGUGUGGCGCGAGUCAAUGGCCUCUGAGAUUACUCGCGAAAUCAGAGGCAUCUUACCAUAUAUCGAUGAUAGGGUCAACGGGGAGUUUGAAAGCGCCUUGAGUUUGGCGCAGAAGAUCAAAGUUAGUAUUCCAGAGACCACCGCCAAAAUCCAAAGGUUGGCUGGGACCCUGCAGAGCACCAAGGAGCAUAUCAAGAAGAGCGCGGUUGAGGACCGUGAGGUGCGGGACAUUCUUCUUGGAAGCUCGCUGGCUACAGGAAACUAUGCGUCGGAGGACAGUCAACAACUAGCUCACAAGGCUGCGUUGCUUGCGAUAUCUUCAGACAAUUAAAUAACAUUAUUAAUUUAAUACACUUGUAGUUGAUAAAGGUUUGGUGGGGCUCAAAAACACCCGAGUAAUUAAUUGUAAAAAGUUCUCGAUCAUGUUUAUAUUUCUUUUAAAAAAG